AAAGCGUGGUUAUUUGUGCAAUAAAUUUGGUGCACGAUGUAUGGGCAUAAUGUUACAAAGAAGGCAGCACUUUUCAUAGUGUUAACAUUGUGCACCAUAACUACAGUAACAUGGUACAUUCUGGAGAUGAAGAAAAACGUUUAUGCGCCACAGUCCCACAGAGCGAAACUUUCACUGUUUGCCGCCCGUCGAUCGUUUGACGCAUCUCCAGUCGCAAAUGUUGUUUAUAUCAAAACGCACAAAACGGGGAGUACUUCUUUGCACUGUAUAAUUUGUCGCUAUGGUUACGAGCGAAGUCUAUCAUUUGUAUUCUCGAAAAACAACCCCGUAAAUGGUUACAUUAGAAAAUCGUCUCUCCGUCCGUCAACAUUCUUACCGCCACUUGGGAAUACGUCGGGUAAAAGGUCACAUAAAUACAAUAUUCUUUCUGGUCAUGUGAUUUAUAAAAGACGUCAAAUUCAUUCAUUUAUGAAAUUCAAUGCUAAAUACAUUACUAUUUUACGAGAACCAGCUAAGCAAAUAGAGUCACAUAUGAACUUUUUUAAUAUUAAAGAAACAGUAAUGUGCAAUAUUUCCUCCUUCAAUGAAAACCCUGAAAUUUUCGAAAAUGGCGGCAAGGCAUUAUCGCGCAAUAACCAGAUCAGAGACUUAGGACUACCUCUAAAGAAAACAGCGAAUGAAACUCUUGUCAACAACAAAAUACGACAGUUAGACAAAGAAUUUGACCUUGUACUAAUAACGGAAUAUUUCGAUGAGUCUCUUGUGUUAUUGAAACAUAUUUUUCGGUGGGAUUUUGAUGAUAUAUUGUAUUUAUCAAAAAAUGAACGGACUAAUCGUGAUGAUAUUACAGAUGAAUUUCGAUACAACAUUUAUCAGUGGUCUCGAGCUGAUGUUCUGCUGUACACAUAUUUUAAUGAAACACUUUGGAGACGAAUCCGGCAGUAUGGGUCACAAUUUGAAAAUGACUUGGCACAUUUUCGUCACCGCUUGCAGGAGACUAGGGAACAGUGUGAAAUAUCUGAUGAAGAAGUAGUAAGUUCCCAUAGAGCCAGCAUAACACGUAUACAACAUUUAAGUAAUAAUGAAUCAACGUUAUGUCGCAAUAUAGCAUGCACAGGUAGUGGAUGGUAUAAGCGUAUAGCGGCUCGACAAAAUAUAAGUAUGCUAUAA